GGAUUACAAACAUUGAUGUCAUUCGCAAUGGAGAAGACAUACAAACGGUCCGGCCACAGAGCCACGAUAAGGAUCCUAGUUGUGUUGCUGGUGAUAUGUCUGGCGGAAUGCGCUACAGAGCAGAGAAUUAACAAUAGAGGUAGCAAGGCCUCUGUCGUUCAGAAAGUGAAUGGAUGGCGCAGUCAACGCGGAGGUUCCUGCUUAAGCUACGGACAUUCAUGUUGGGGAGCUCACGGUAAACGUUCAAACAAGUCUCCGAUCUCCGCUCCUGACUGGUAUUUCAAUAGAGUGCUUCGUCGUUUGGCCGCUAAUGCUGAAAUGAACUUCCAGAACCAAGAUCAAGCGUUAAACUCAAACGACGAUACUAACGCCAUCUAUCAGUACAACGUUGAAGACAAUGUUCCCGGUUCAAACAGGCUGUUUACUGUUAGUGAUGAAGGACCAGUCGAACUUCCAUUGAGUCGCAGCCUUGAGGCAAAGCCAAUGUUGGACGACAGCUUGCUCCCGAAAUACAAGAUCUGGCAAUUAAUGAAAGGUUAUAACCCUAAGGAAGACACGUUCAUACAGUUCGAUACCUAA